AGUUAGAAACACUCACCCCAUUGAGCAGCUCUUUCUGUCUCCUUAGAUCCUGGCCAACGUGAUCAUUUUCAUCUGUGGGAACCUGGCGGGCGCCUACCACAAGCACCUCAUGGAACUUGCUCUGCAGCAAACGUAUCAGGACACGUGUAACUGCAUCAAGUCCCGGAUCAAGCUGGAAUUUGAAAAACGUCAGCAGGAGCGGCUGCUGCUGUCCUUGCUGCCGGCUCACAUAGCCAUGGAGAUGAAGGCCGAGAUCAUCCAACGGCUGCAGGGCCCCAAGGCGGGCCAGAUGGAAAACACAAACAACUUUCACAACCUGUACGUCAAACGACACACCAACGUCAGCAUCUUAUACGCUGACAUUGUUGGCUUCACCCGGCUGGCGAGUGACUGCUCCCCAGGAGAACUUGUCCACAUGCUGAAUGAACUCUUUGGCAAGUUUGAUCAGAUUGCAAAGGAGAACGAAUGCAUGAGAAUUAAAAUUUUAGGAGACUGCUACUACUGUGUGUCGGGACUCCCUAUAUCUCUCCCCAACCAUGCCAAAAACUGUGUGAAAAUGGGACUGGAUAUGUGUGAAGCCAUAAAGAAAGUAAGGGAUGCUACCGGCGUUGACAUCAACAUGCGCGUGGGCGUGCACUCUGGGAAUGUCCUGUGUGGCGUGAUUGGUCUGCAGAAGUGGCAGUACGACGUGUGGUCACAUGACGUUACCUUGGCUAACCACAUGGAAGCUGGAGGGGUCCCUGGACGUGUCCACAUUUCUUCUGUCACCCUGGAGCACUUGAACGGGGCCUACAAAGUGGAGGAAGGAGAUGGUGACGUCAGGGACCCCUACCUAAAGCAGCACCUGGUGAAGACCUACUUCGUGAUCAACCCCAAGGGAGAACGACGGAGUCCCCAACACCUCUUCAGACCUCGCCACACCCUGGACGGAGCCAAGAUGAGGGCGUCCGUCCGCAUGACCCGGUACUUGGAGUCCUGGGGGGCGGCCAAGCCCUUUGCACACCUACACCACAGGGACAGCAUGACCACGGAGAACGGCAAGAUCAGCACCACGGAUGUACCAAUGGGUCAGCAUAAUUUUCAAAACCGCACCUUAAGAACCAAGUCACAAAAGAAAAGAUUUGAAGAAGAAUUGAAUGAAAGAAUGAUUCAAGCAAUUGAUGGAAUCAAUGCACAAAAGCAAUGGCUCAAGUCUGAAGAUAUUCAGAGAAUCUCACUGCUUUUUUAUAACAAAAUACUAGAAAAAGAAUACCGAGCCACCGCACUGCCAGCGUUCAAGUACUACGUGACUUGCGCUUGUCUCAUUUUCUUCUGCGUCUUUAUCGUGCAGAUUCUUGUAUUACCAAAAACAUCCACCUUCGGGAUUUCCUUUGGAGCUGCGUUUCUCUUGCUUGCCUUCAUCCUCUUCGUCUGCUUUGCUGGACAGCUUUUGCAAUGCAGCAAAAAAGCCUCUCCCCCUCUCAUGUGGCUUUUGAAGUCCUCGAGCAUCAUUGCCAACCGUCCCUGGCCACGGAUCUUUCUCACAGUCGUCACCACGGCCAUCGUCUUAACCAUGGCCGUGUUCAACAUGGUAAGCCCCGGGCUGAAAGAGAUGCUAAGUAUUUGCCUGUUUCAGUACUUCAUAUUCAGCUGCAUUCUGGGCCUGAUAUCCUGCUCGGUGUUCCUGCGGGUGAAUUACGAGUUGAAAAUGUUGAUCAUGAUGGUGGCGUUGGUGGGUUACAACAUCAUCCUGCUCCACACCCACGCCCACGUCCUGGGUGACUACAGCCACGUCCUGUUUGAGAGACCAGGCAUUUGGAAAGACCUAAAGACCAUGGGCUCUCUUCUCAAGUCGUCUGGGCUAGGAAGAACUUUGAAGUCGCAGGAUUUAUACCACCAGUCCUAUGACUGCGUCUGCGUCAUGUUUGCCUCCAUUCCCGACUUCAAGGAAUUUUAUACGGAAUCAGAUGUGAACAAGGAGGGCUUGGAAUGCCUUCGGCUCCUGAACGAGAUCAUCGCCGACUUUGACGAUCUGCUGUCCAAGCCGAAAUUCAGCGGAGUGGAAAAGAUCAAGACCAUCGGCAGCACGUACAUGGCAGCAACGGGUCUGAGCGCCGUGCCCAGCCAGGAGCACGCCCAGGAGCCCGAGCGGCAGUACAUGCACAUCGGCACCAUGGUGGAAUUCGCUUUUGCCCUGGUGGCCAAACUGGACGCCAUCAACAAGCACUCCUUCAACGAUUUCAAACUGCGAGUGGGUAUUAACCACGGGCCUGUAAUAGCUGGUGUGAUUGGCGCUCAGAAGCCACAGUAUGACAUCUGGGGCAACACCGUCAAUGUGGCCAGUCGGAUGGACAGCACCGGAGUCCUGGACAAAAUACAGGUCACCGAGGAAACGAGCCUCAUCCUGCAGACGCUCGGGUACACGUGCACCUGUCGAGGAAUCAUCAACGUGAAAGGAAAGGGAGACCUGAAGACGUACUUUGUAAACACAGAAAUGUCGAGGUCUCUUUCCCAGAGCAACCUGGCAUCCUGAAGAGUGGCCUUCGUUUUGGCAAGAGACUGUAUUUUCGGGAAGGUACCACGUACUUUCUGACUGCAACUUUUGUCCCUGUUUUUGAUGUGUGUGCUCUGUUCACAUGUCCUAUGGAGCCUUUGCAGACUAGUUCCUGUGACCCAGUGGCAUACCGUUUGGUGUCUGAUGUGUGCCCAGAUUGUUCUGCCACUUGCACUGUGCUUACUCCUAAGCAAAAGGAAAAAGGAGCUCGCGUGAUGAAAGAAAAGCAUUCAGAGAACUAAUAAAGAGGAGAGAGGUGAAACAAACAAAAAUUCUUAAGGCAAUAAAACUAGGGGGUGUAUAUUAUCUUCUGGUGCAUGUUCUUUUCUGGAAAAUAUGGUAGCUCGCCAAACGCAUCCGCUAGUCUGAUAUUCAAACACACAGUAUUUGUGAAUAAGUUGAUUCUGUCACCCCACAUAGAGUCUGUGCUCACUCACGGGUCCCAUUGCCAGUGGCCAUCCAAGGGCCCCACUGGGACCCGUGACUCUUGUCCCUUUGCUCUGUGUGUCUCAUGCCAGCCGCACGUUGCCAUCGAUCACCAGGAUUAGUCCUCACAGCCUAGGACCAGUUUUGUACCAAACUCGUCUGAUGUUUUGAUGCCAUUUGUCUUUUGUAAGGUUAAUUCAUUAAAAGUUUUAUGUACUUUGA